AUGAACAAUAGUUCAGAAGGAAAUAUUAAUGACGAAUUUGAAAUGAUAGCUAGAGAAACGUUAGAUAGAAUAAUUGAAAUAAUCGAAAACGAAAGUAAUUUAGAAAUUGACGUAAACAAUACUGAUAGCGAAAUAGUUGACAACAUAGAAAUAAAUAAUUUAGACGAAGAAUUAGAUUUAUUUAAUGAAGAAAUACUUAAUGAACGUAUAGAAACUAAACCAAUAACCAGUGAUAUAUUAAAUAAAAGUUUACGAUUAAUAAACCUAGAAGAGUUUGAAAAUAGUCCUACUACUAGCGCAAUUCGUCAAGGGUUACGAAGUAGUAGAAAUACUAUACACACCGAAUAUAAGUAG